CACUGGGUAUGUGAAUGGACGAGGAAUGUCCGCUCGUCAUAAAUAACUGGACGCUAAAUGAAGAUGUGAGCCACUUCCAACUUCAACAACUGACCUAAGUUUGGACUACUAACGCGGAAAGAAAUAUACGCGUUGUUUGACACACUUAUGCAAUGGAUCUUUACAUAUUAACAUAUUGAUUGUGCGAUUUUCCCCACUCACCGGAACGCGAAUGAUACGAAUGUCCGUGAAUGAGCUGUGCAGCUCAAAUUUAGGAAGUUACAACGGCUGUACUUCGAUUUUGUGACUUGCUCGCGUAGGGCAUCGGAAAUGGCCAACUUAAAAUGAGCUAAGUGCAGAGCAAGUGUUCAAUGUGCCACAACUACGAGCGCAAAUGUACGCACCAAAAAGUUUUAAGUAUUACAGAAGUAAACCAAGUGAACAAGCAGUAAGCGGUGUUCGGUCGGCUUGUUACCAUCGCGCGAACUUUUAUCAUGACUUCAAGAAUUCACGGAGUUGUGAAAAUCGAUAUUUUUGUCAAAUGUGUUUUAUAUAUUCGUGGUGCAUUGUUUGUUCACAUUGUCAGCGGAAUUUAUUUGUGUUUGAUGUGUAGUCCGAUUUCGGAUGAUAUUUGGCAGGAAUCUAGUGGUGUUAAACAAGGAUUUGUGAACAACAUUUCUGAACAUCUCAAAACCGGUAAAGUUUUAAACUUUUUUCCGAUUCCAGUUGAGGAGGAAUGCAACGCCAACGACGGUAGACGAAAAGGGGUCUGUAUGAAUCCUUACGAGUGCAGAAUGCAAGGUGGAUCAUCAAAAGGAAGCUGUGCACUUGGGUUCGGCGUUUGUUGCACGUUUACAGCCACCUGCAACCAGGACGUGUACAACAAUAUCACAUACUUUGUUAAUCCCAGUUUUCCUGACUUGAAUCGAGAUAUCGGCAAGUGUAGCGUGAAUAAAAAGAUUGAUCCGGAUAUUACUCAAUUUCGGCUCGACUUCAUUCACUUCAACUUGGGUCAGCCCAACCGUCGAAAUGGAAUCUGUGAGGAGGGUUUUGUGCUGAGCGGAGGCUUGACGAAACAAUUAAGUCUUUGUGGUAUCAACAGUGGUCAACACAGUGCUUUUGAUGUGGAAGGGCUCGAAGAAGCGAUUGUGAUUAGCAUGAAUUUUAGCAAAACCGUGCCUCGGUUGUGGGAGAUUCGCAUUGUGCAGGUACCAUUCGUGCAAAGGGCACCCGAGGGAUGCCUGCAAUAUCAUACAGGCAGAACAGGUGUUCUGCAAACGAUGAACUAUGCCGAAAAUGGUCGACAUUUGGCAAAUCAGGACUACAACAUUUGCAUUCGUAAAGAGGAAGGAAUGUGCUCUAUUGCUUACGAACCCUGUGAUGAAAAUUCCUUUAAAAUCGGCAAUGUGAAACCUCAUGUACAGUAUUUUAACAAUGAUCAGAAUUUAAAUAAUAUGAUAAUAAACGAUAGCGGUGAAGGCGGUGCGGGUCAGGAAACAGGGGAGACACAGCAGUCACAAGAUGAAAGUUUGAAUGAUGUGGGAUCAGGAGCAGAUGCAACGGAUGACAAUGACCCUCAACCAAGAAUUAGCGAAAUCUGCACGAAUCGGAUCAUAUUACCUUGUGAUAAUGAUGAUUUUCUCUUGGCUACUGGGAUGCCGACAGGUGGUCAAAAUGGUUAUUGCAGUUUGGCACAUUGUGGAAGUUCGCUAUGUCCGAAUGGGGAACAACCAUGUCGAGUCGAAAGUAAUGUAACGCCAUUUACUGUAGGGGUGCAGUUUGGAGCGACUGGGCGCGGUGAAUCUCCCGAGGACAACAUUGGUAUGUGUUUGACUUACCAUCAAGAGCCCUGCUCAGUGUAAUAUGCGUUUCAUUUUGAAUGAAAUAUUUAUUAUGCCUACCGGCCAAAGAAGAUGUAAAAUGAUGUAAAAUGUACAAUAAUGAAAUAAAAAUAUUGUUUUUUUAA